UGUAAUGGGUCCCACCGGUGUUGGCAAGUCAACGUUCAUCAACCUUGUCAGUAACUCCGACCUGCGUGUCAGCGACAGUCUUGUCUCGUGCACAGACCGGAUAGAGAUAUCAAAACCUUUCGAGCUGGACGGCAAAGAGGUUACCUUGGUCGACACGCCAGGCUUCGAUGACACUUCCAAGAGCGAAUCCGACAUACUGAACGUCGUCUGCGAGUUUAUGGCGUCAGAAUACAGCCAAGGCCGCUUGUUACACGGCAUCCUGUACCUGUACCGUAUCUCCGACAAUCGCGUAUCAGGUGUCGCCGCGCGCAACCUACGCUUCUACCGCGAGCUCUGCGGGCCUGCUGCGCUCGCGAACAGCAUCAUUGUCACGAACAUGUGGGGCCUCGUCGACGCCACGAUGGGUUCCGCGCGCGAGGAGGAGCUCAAGACCAAGCCCGCGUUCUUCAGGCCCGCGCUCGAGCACGGUGCGCGUGUGCUGCGGCACGACGGCACCGCAGCCUCCGCGCAGAGCAUCCUGCGGCCACUUGUAAACAGCAAGCCGUGCGUGCUGCAGAUCCAACGCGAGCUCGUCGACCAGGGCCGGGCCGUGUACGAAACCGUCGCGGGCGAAACGCUCCUCGAGGACCUCGCGCGCGCGCAGCAGAAGCACGCGCAGGAGAUAGAGCAGCUCGAGGGGGACCUCCAGGACGCGCUUUCGCAGAAGGACGAGGAGGGCCAGCGUGAGCUCGAGGAGGAGCGUGCGCGGAUACAGGCCGAGCAGGCGAAGCUCGAGGCGGAGAAGCAGAAGCUCAUGCAGCUCCAGAUCGUGGCCGCGACGAGGAAGGCUGCCCAGGUCCAGGCCCAGGCCACCGAGCACGCGCACGCACACGCAGCCGCACGAGGAGCUCAGAUCGAGAACACUGUGACCGUGUCCCCACCACCGAAGGCACCAGCUGAUGAGGAGGGGAACGGUGCGCCCUAUGAGGCAGAAGGUAGCGUUGGCUGCUUUGGCUUGUCUCGUCUCAUACGUGGCAGUGUUCAUGCUAAGGCUUGACAAGCUGUGGGCGCGGAUCGCUGUUUGCUUCGCAGAGCCGUUUUACCGCUUCAUAGGAUACAGCCGUCAGGACUAAUCCCGGACAUUAUUACCUAUUUGCCUUGGUGUAUACUGCAGUGUUUUUCGUAGCAUGAGAAUCCAUCGCUGGUUCGAG